AGCUGUGGGAAGAACCAUUGUAAGAACUGUGGUUGGAGUAACGUCUAAACUGUGAGUUCUUGCAGUAGGGUUUGUACAGGCUGUGGAAUUAAGCUAUUUUCAAUGGCGAGUUUGUAACCCAACGCAGGAAAUAAAUGGAGCCACCGGAAGAUAAGCCUGUCAUCUACACUAUGGAGAACAAACCCAUUGUAACAUGUGCUGGAGAUCAGAGCUUAUUCAAUUCUCUGUACUCAACAUUAGCUGUACAGCUUCCCCGAGAACCCAUGGAGUGGAGAAGGUCAUAUGGUCGUCCUUCCAAGAUGAUCCAUUUAGAAGCCAACUUUGUCCAGUUUAAGGAAGAACUGAUCCCCAAAGAAGGAAACAAAGCACUUUUAACCUUCCCUUUUCUACAUAUCUUUUGGACCGAUUGCUGUGAUACUGAGUUGUACAAGUCUUCUGUAAAGGAUGACAUUACAAAGUGGCAAAACAUUCUGAAGAUUUACAACACUGUUGAUUGGCUAAUUGUUGUUGUUGUUGAGACAGACAGUAAGAAAAAGAAUAAAACCAACAUUCUUCCAAGAACGUCAAUAGUUGACAAAAUACGAAAUGAUUUCUGCAACAAACAGAGUGACAGGUGUGUAGUAUUGACAGAUCCUUCGAAGGACUCGUCUCGGUCUCAGGAAUCCUGGAGUGCCUUCCUAACAAAAUUAAGAACAUUGCUACUUAUGUCGUUCACUAAGAACCUAGGCAGAUUUGAAGAUGAUAUGAGAACAUUAAGAGAGAAAAGAACGGAACCAAACUGGAGUUUCUGUGACUACUUCAUGGUUCAGGAAGAACUAGCUUUUGUAUUUGAAAUGCUGCAGCAAUUUGAGGAUGCGCUGGUGCAGUAUGAUGAACUGGAUGCUCUGUUUUCACAGUAUGUAGUUAACUUUGGUGCUGGAGAUGGUGCUAAUUGGCUAACAUCGUUCUGCCAACCUGUGCAGAGUUGGUAUGGAUUGGUACUCCGAAAGCCAAUAGAUAUGGAGAAGAGGGAACUAAUUCAGAAGAACAAGGCCACACUGCUGGAUCUUCGCAGCUAUUUAUUCUCACGGCAGUGUACUCUUCUUCUUUUCCUUCAGAGACCAUGGGAGGUUUCACAGCGUGCAGUGGAGCUCCUUCACAACUGUAUUCAAGAACUCAAGUUAUUAGAGGUGGUGGUUCCUGCAGGAGCACUGGAUUGUUGGGUAUUUUUGAGCUGUUUGGAGGUACUGCAGAGGAUAGAAGGUUGCUGCGAUCGAGUCCAGAUGGAAGCAAAUGUUUCUCAUACUGUUGGGCUGUGGAGCUAUGCCACUGAAAAGUUGAAGUCACUGGGCUACCUUUGUGGAUUAGUAUCAGAAAACAGACCUAAUUCUGAAGAUCUGAAUAGAACAGUGGAUGUCUUAGCAGGACUGAGAGAAGAAAGACCAGAAACAGUCAACAGCCCUCAAAGUCCUUACAAGAAACUUAUAGAAGCUCUGUCAUCAGUGGAAGCUUUUGAGAAACACUAUUUAGAUCUUGCAAAUGCCAUCAUGGAAAUGUACAAGAAUAUUGGAAGAACUCGUUCUGCUAAACUCGUUGGAAAGGAUUUGGCUGAAUUUUACAUGAGAAAGCAGAAGCCUCAAAAAGCUGAAGUAUAUCUUCAAGAGGCACUGAAAACAUACCUAGUAGAGGGCUGGACCUUACCUGUAACCCACACGAGGAAGCAGCUGGCAGAUUGUCAGAAGCUCUUGAAACAGACAGAAAAUUACCUCCAAACAAGUAGCCUUUUGGCUAGUGAUAUUCACUUAACAGAGGACGAACGGAAAUAUUUCUGUCAAGAAAUCCUUAAUUAUGCUAACAAACAAACUGACAGCCAAGGAAGCAAAAUUGUGUUAAGUAUGAGUUCAUUUGCAAAGUUAAGAAGUUUACAGUUUGACCCACCUAAUGCAGUUGCCCAUGUUGGUGGAACUCUACUUAUUGAUCUGACACUGGAGAGCCAAAUGCCUGUUCCAAUACAUGUGGAUCAGAUUGCCAUCAGUGUGCUCUACAACAUUGAAAAGAACAGCUACAGAAAAACAGCAGAGUGGCUAACAAAGCACAAAGUUUCCAAUGGCAUUAUCCAUUUUCAUAAUGAUGCCAAAAACUUUCCCAUAUUUCGUGACACUUUUCCAGCACUUGAACUGUUUGAAAUGUAUGAGAGAAGCCCAUCAGACAAUGCUCUAAACUCCACUGGUAUUAUCUGUAAGAAUGUGCACAUGCUGCUGCGCAGACAUGAAAGCAGUUCAUCACUUGAAUCCCCAGCUGGUCUGCCUUUGGAAGAUGGAGCCCAUCAGUUAAAAUGUAGUAACAUAAUAUUACAGCCAGGGAUCAGUAAGAUCACAUUUAAAACUCAGGCCAAAGAAGCUGGGACAUACACACUCAGGCAGCUAUGUGCAUCUGUGGGGAGAAUUCAGUUUGCCCUUCCUCACAUAUACCCUUUAGUGCAGUAUGAUGUUUAUUCACAGGAGCCUCAACUUAAAGUGAAGCCAUUAACUGACAGCCUAUUAGCUGGAAUUCCUCAAAGGGUAACAUUCACAGUGACUACAGGACACUACAGUAUAAAGUCUGGUGAUGCUUUGCAACUUAGUAAUUCUGAAGAAAUGCCUUUCCUUACUUCUGCUGACAGUUCUGUGGUCAUUUUUUCAAACACCGGGGAAAAGAUUGAAGAAUGUCCCCUUGUUAUCCAGUCAUCUGAAAAAAUCACCAGCAUUACCUUGCCAUUGGCUCCAGCCUAUCAUGUGAUUGAGUUUGAACUGGAAGUAAUAUGCCAUUUACCAGUAACCCACACAGUAACUUCAGAGAGUGAGAGGUCAACAGCCAACAACAGAGAUCUAUCCAGGAAGAAUAGAGAGAAGCCAAAAUUGGAAUCAACCACGUCUUACGUUGACCAAAAGAUGUCCAUUGAUUGUCCAUGGUCAAUUUAUUCUACCAUAAUUACCCUAACAUUUAGAAUACCUUUUCAAGCCAACCAUUCUUUAUUGACAGCAGGAAAGAGGAAGUACACACAGAUAUGUCUCCAGAAUUGGUCAGAAUUCACUUUCUGUUUAAUAGACUGUCAUCUUGCUGAAAUUUCUACAUCUCCAAAUCUGCAGCUGAUGCCUCUAAAUUCCACUUCACAGCAGCAAAUCCUCAGUAAGCAGUCUAUAAUCUUUCUCUGGGAGUUGAAGUGGACCAAAGAUCCUCCAGCCUGUUUCCAUUGCCAGUUCUCUGUAACGUUUUCUCCCAUUUCUAAUGAAACUCCAGCUGCCUGUACGAAGCCCUACAUCUAUGCAUUCAAACUGGAAAACUUCUUUACGCUGUAUAAUGUAAAAGCAGAGAUUUUUCCCCCACUGGGAACAGAAUAUUGUAAAACAGGCUCUCUCUGCUCUCUAGAAGUAUCUGUUACUCGACUUGCGGAUCUUUUAGAGGUGGAUAAAGAUGAAGCAUUGACUGAAUCUGAUGAGUAUUGUACUACAAAACUCAUGUAUGAAGUUGUUGACAACAGUAGUAACUGGGCAGUCUGUGGAAAGAGCUCAGGGGUAAUCUCCAUGCCUGUAGCUGCUCGAGCAACACACAAAGUCCACAUGGAGGUCAUGCCACUGUUUGCUGGGUGUCUCCCUUUUCCAGAUGUCCGACUUUUGAAAUACCUCCCACACCAUUCAUCUCAGUCCAUGCAGCUUGAUGCUGACAGUUGGAUAGACAACGACAGUGUUUCCAUAGAUAAGAACCUGGAUGAUCAGGCAGACAGUAGUAGUAUACGAAGUCGAAGCAGUACGCAUUCAUCAACUAGUGGAGAACACAAAGGCCUGCCCAUGCCUCGAUUACAGCCCUUUUCUACAGGACAAGUUUUCAAUGCCAGCAGUGGCAUGCAAAUUCUAGUUAUUCCUAGUAAGGAUGACCAUAUUCUAGAAGUGAAUGUUACAUGACAUAAAGCAAAUAUUCAAAAACUUAUUUAAAACGCCUGGUACGAAUGCACUUUAAAGGAUCACAGUCCAUUAUCUCUUCAUCAUGAUACUCCAGUUGCCAGACCAACAGCAAGUCAGAAUCACAUUCCUUUCUCACUCUCUCUGUUUUUUUUUUUUUUGAAGCAGUCAUAUUCAUUGGUAUUAAAAGCUAGUUUGCUUUCUUUAUAAAAUAUUUUUCCAGUGCCAUACUUGGUUUUAUUUCUUUGAAUAUAACAUAAAUGCUGUUGAGCAAUUUUUUAAAGUUUUUCUUUCUUUCUUUCUGUCACAGUUUUGCUGUCUGCCUGCUGCUGAUGGCACAAUUUCCAGCCCAAUCAUCGGCUUUCUCAGGGAUUUUGCUUAUCCACUACUUACCCAGGACUUCAGAUAUGGUGGUUGGCGUGUCAUCUCCAGGGUAGUGCUGGUAUAAUGUUGGCAGACAAAAUGUAUUUGUCCUGCAGUUUUGUUUUUUCAUGAGCAAGUGCCAGCAUUUAAUGAUGCAUAUAUACUUCCCACAUCCUUCGUUACUGUUUAUUGAUUGUCCCUCUCCUAUUACUUGUCAGGUGUACUGUCAGGCUUCCCCCAAGUUAAAUGUAGUGGCACCUUUCUCAAAGAGAGAAGAUCAGCAUUUUAAGGUGCUUAGUACUUCCUCUUUUGUCAUUGCAAGUUUCCAGAAUCCUGUUUGAAAAGCAAACAUAGUAAACUGCGGUGCUAUGUUUUUUUUCCCCCUUUUUUGUUUUGGUCAGACCAUUAUACCAGCCUUUUUAUUUAUCCUAUUUACCCUCAGUCAUUCCCUAUUACCAGAGCAAUAUCAAACUUAGGUAGGCUAAGUCAUCAUCAGGGGUUGUUCAAAUUGUUGUAUCCUGCUCUACCCCCACAUGUAUGUGGAGAAGCACCAUGGCAGGCACAUACUAUGGAGUGUAACAAUGGGUAUCCUCUCACUUCCAUAAGGGUCAUUUACUUUCAGACAGCCCUCCCAUUGAAGCCUGAGUGGUGGUAUCCCAGGCAUUGACCAGGGAAAUCACACCACCCAGAGUAACCCUGAGUUUCUGCAUUUCAGUCCAAACCCUGGGUGAGGCAAGCAGGCCACUCAAGUGCCAGAGGUGCUAAUCAAACCCCAGUCACCUGGGUCAUAGUCAGGGCUCCAUCCUUAUAUGCCAUGAAGUCAAGCACUAUACUGGCUUUCUACUUUACUGUAAAACUGAAGGUUUUGAUUGUGCAGUUAUCCACAUUUUAUAGAUUCCUCCAGAUGCAUUUUUUAUUUAGUUCAGUAGAUAGGCCUCUGGAGUCAGUGGCCCUAUUUUGUCACAUGGCUGUAGAACAGAAUGAUGUUAGUAAUUUGCUCAGGUCAUUCUAUAAGUGGGACACAGUCAAACUGAGACCUAAGUCUUUGACUUUUAAGCCAUGCUCGUAUUAUUACAAACUGCAGUGAAGCAAGUUAUUUUCUUGUUAGCCUUUUUUUUUUUUAAUUACCUUCUGAAGUUUCGGCCAGCUGCUUGUACUGUUGGCUUAGUGCCACUGCACUAUACAAGUGAAAAUGUGAUAAUUUCAGUGCAGCAAUAAGAUGAAAGCAUUCUGAAAGCAGAAUGUCCUGCAUUAAAAUUUCCAGAUUUAAAAAACAAGGUUAUGAAUUUCAUGCAGAAAAAAACCUAGAGGGAAUUGUGUGUUAUGUUUUACUGGUUUCAAAAGUAUUGUUAACAGAAAUUUAAACAUUUCUUCAAAAAUCUGCUAUCUAGCCAGGUAAUACUGGUAUGUCUGCCAUUUUAUGACAAAGGUAUAUAGGCCAUUACUAUAAAUUUGAAUGUUUCACUCCUAUAAACUUGAACUGACAUAAAUUCAGUGUUUUUUUUUUUGAUCUUUUAAUGAAAAAAUAUAUAAAUAAGACAUUAUUUAAUUAUUAGAUAGCUUUGACUUGAUAGCCAUUUUUGGUUAGAUUGUUUCAAAUGUAAAUGUCUACAGUUCAACAUUAAGUUUAGACCAUUUGAUUUGCAACACCUCUGUUGAAUAUGUUAUUCCUUGAUUCUUUUAGCAUGGUAUUCUUUCACUUAAGAUAUGUCUGUGUUUAAACAUUACUUUCUUCCUGCUUUUAGAAAAAAAAUGUCAUUAGCUUUGCUGCAUUGUUAUGGUAUUUAUGAGAUUACAGUUAGUUUUAUUUUUUUAUGUCAUUGGUACCUUUGUCAAAGACAGAAAAGUCCUUAGUGAAAUCUGAAGGUUGGGUGGUACAAAUCUCCUUUUGAAUGAAACAUUAAAUGGAGGUCCUAUCUAUCUGAGUUGGUGGUAGCUCAGAUAAAGGUUAAAGAUCCCAUGACAUUUACUGGAAAAAAAAAAAGAGCAUAAGAAUUUGCCAAUGUUCUGGCCAAAUUAUUGUUAGUAUGACCAUACCCUUGCAUCUCUCAGAAAUAGGGUCAAAAUUAAGUGUAACUAAUCUGAUCAUCAAAUUAAAUGAAUUAAUUAAUGAAAUAAGGGUUCCACCAGUUACAUAUAUCUCUGUACAAAAUGGUCUGUUUUAAGUGUCUGAGUGGCAGUUGUGGAAGCAGUCUCUGAAGUAUUAUGUUGCAUUGAAUGCAGUAUUGGAAAAGGUUGACUGUUCCUUUGUUGUAGUUUUGUAAGUGUACAUGUUUACUUGUACCAGAAACGGCUGAAGAGUUAUUUCUAGGAAAAGGAGAGAGCUUCAUCAGUGAAUAGUAGCAACACUUUACACUGUGCCAUUUGUGUUUGAGUUACUUUUUAUUAAGUUACUGUAUUAUUUUAGGCAUUACCUUGCAUUUGAGAAUGGUGGCAUUACAUGACAUGUAAUGAACUUCUUCAGAGAAGUGAACUAACAUUUGCCACUAACUGUACAGAAGUACAUUAUUCUCACUUGUAUUAUUGUCUGGAUGAGGUUUGGCAAAACAUCACAGACUGUAUGUAAAUUUGUUUGUCUGGUUAUUGGGUAAUUGCAAAUUUUAGCACUAAAAUGCUCAUGGUCCAGUAAACUGCAGUCCUACCAACUGUUAUUCUUGGGUGUACAGAUAAUUGUAUAAAUUAAGUGGCUGAUAAAAAAGUCAUUACUAAAUGAUUUAUUGUUUGUGUAUAAGAUGCACCAGAAAAAAUCAAGGAGAAUUUUACAGAAAAAAAAGUCUUUUUAUUUUUAUCGGUGUGAAAGUCACAGCUUGUAAAUAAAAUCAUUGUAAAUUUAA